AUGGUUGGAGUGCCCGGAAAAUACAAGGGCUGCGAGACGUGCAGGCGGAGGAGAGUCAAGUGCGACAAUGCGAGGCCAUUCUGUCGUAAAUGCGUUGACAACGGACGAGAGUGCGAGGGCUACGAGAGGCAGAUGGUGUUCAUCACGGCUACCCUCGAGGACGGCGGUCGUUGCUCCUCACACCCGCCUCGGCAAGUCGGCAGCUCUGGGAAGAAGGCCAAAUCUCAGUCACCACCAGGAGAGGAGAGGCCACAGUUCUUUGCCGAACACCCACUGAGGCCAUCGUGGACGGACCUAAUUACCCUGUCGAGGGCUGGGGCGUCUCAGCUUUUUCAGAUCGUGGCCGUCAACACGGGGCUGCAGGGUGUCUUUGAAGAUGGCAGCGGAAAAGAGAACUUCAGCUUGGAGGCGCCGGCUUACUCACUCCCGGACUUUCCGUUUUAUGCGUCAGGUGGCGAGCUAGACAUCAAGGGAAGGUGCGUUGUACACCUUCCCUCUGAUCUGGAGAGGGAUCGGGGGCCCGGCAACUUGUGCAUGUAUCUUUACGAGUUCGGUUCAGCGCCUCUCUCCCCUGCGAGCGCCAACCGGUGGCCUUCGACAGCAGACCAGACCAGCGGCAUCAAAAGGCGAGGUCCACAGAGCUUCAUGUCAUUUCCGGCUCACCAUUUCUUCUCGCGGAUAUACCGACCAUGCGCUCGCGGCUUUGCUGAGCAGGAACGAGACCUUUUAGCUACCCCCGAGUGGAUGACGGUCCCCUGGGAACACCACGAAAAGUCUAGUCUGGAUAGGCUCUUUGAUAUUCUCGCCCUCGUCCCCUCGAUACUCGCGCGAAGCGACAUCAUCCUCUCCGAGCCCUUUACUCAAAUACGGCAACAUCGGGUGCAAGAUCUACUCGCUCACUGUCUGCAGGUCGAACACCAACUCGACGAGUGGUAUGCCGCGGUGACGAUGACGGCCACGGGCCCGAGCUGGUGGCAUGAGGAACACGACAUGCAGAUGCAGAUCCCCUUUAUAGGGAGCUUCGCUUUCAUCGACGGCUUUUCCUCCAUCAUGUUCAUCUACUACUGGAUGGGCCUCCUCGUUUUCCACCGCUGUAUCGAGACCCUCCGCCUCAACCUCUACCACAAUGUUUACCCACCGGCGUAUGGUCAUGCGGGCCUACCUCAACCCAACCUCGCCGUGGACGAGUACAAAUACCAACAAGGGAGGGACUUGGCCGGCAAGAUUUGCCAGUCCCUGGACUUUGCCCUGAAUCGGACAUUGCAGCCUGAUCUCCUCAUGGCGCCGUGGUGGGUUGCGCAAAACUUUUAUACGCAGCUGAGUGCCGCCACGGGUGACGGAACUCUGGAGCAUAUUUGGUGUGAAACUUUCAAGGAACGGCUUAUUGAGAGGGGUCAGUACCUGACGGAUCUAGUCCAAGGAAGGAGUCCCGACGGCCACGUCUUCCAAGUCGAAUAUGCCGGAGAGGCGGUAAAGCGAGGUACUUGCGCUGUCGGUGUCAAAGGUUCCGAUGUCGUCGUGCUCGGUUGCGAAAAGCGCUCCGCGAUGAAGCUCCAAGAUACCCGCAUCACUCCCUCCAAGAUCGGCCUCAUCGAUAACCACGUCUGCCUCGCUUUUGCCGGCCUAAACGCCGAUGCCAGAAUUCUCCUCGACAAGGCGCGGCUGGAGGCGCAGUCCCACAGGCUCACCGUCGAGGACCCUGUGACGAUUGAGUACAUCACUAAAUACAUUGCCUCGGUGCAGCAGAGAUAUACCCAGAGUGGUGGUGUGAGACCGUUUGGCAUCAGCAACCUCGUCGUGGGCUUCGACAAGGGAAGCGAAGUCCCCAGGCUAUACAUGACAGAGCCCUCAGGCAUCUACUCAGCGUGGAAAGCGAACGCUAUUGGCCGAUCAAGCAAGACCGUACGAGAAUUCCUAGAGAGGAACUACAAGGAGGAUAUGGACCGGGAGCAAACCGUACGGCUAGCCAUCAAGUCCCUUCUUGAAGUUGUCCAGACCGGCGCCAAGAACAUCGAGAUAGCCCUUAUGGCUCCUGGAAAAUCUAUCGAGAUGUUGUCAGUGGAGGAGAUUGAGGGAUUCGUCAAGAACAUCGAGCAGGAGAAGCAAGAGGAGGCAGCGAAGAAGAAGACGGGUAGGACCCCAGGAACCGGGAGCGCUACCAUUCUGACCCGGGGACAGGAGGAGUCUUGA